CAUGUUGAUUUUAGAUACAUUUAGAGAUUUCAUGGUGGUUGGUGUUUUGAUGACAAUGACAAUAUUGAAAUAAAGAUGAAUGAAUAAAACACUCAUUUUCGGAAAGAAAAAAAAUUAAUAACCAUUUUCGUGAAUAAUUCAAACUUCUAAGAUAGAACUUCUAAGAUUAUGAUCAUAUCUGAAGGGACUCUGAUCCUAGUUUGCAACCAAAAAAAUGAUGAGAAUAGUUGCAGAUUUGUGUUGAAUUAGACUCUCAAUCACACCGAUCCACAAUACACUAAUUAAGAUCAACCAGAGACAAUACUGGCCUCUGAAUUCUCACUUAAAUCACAGAAACUCCAGAUCAAACCAAAUAAGUGACCAAAAACGGGAAAGAAAAAUUCAGUCCUUCUCGGCGGCUAGCAGCCAACUCAUAUACACAUCGUUGUCCAUCUCUUUACUAAUGAUACGAAGAAUCAUUCUAGGGAGGCUUUUAAAAGCUACGGAGUUGUCUAAAUUGGCCUUAGCAAACCAAAAAGAAGAGUGACUCAUUUAAGUAAAAAGAAUUGAUCUCAGUCAAUCUGAGACACACAAAGUAACAGUCUUUAAUUAAGGAACAAAUUAAACUCGACAAUCAAUGGCUCUUACAAGUUUUUGAAUAAUUUUCUCUGUUGCUUGUGAAAAUUGUACAUAAUUAAUCAACCCUCAGCCUGCUUAUUCGCCACUUACUUUUCCUCUUCGGCUGCAAGAUCCUUCUUCAGCAGCUCUCUCCGGCGGGAGAAUCGGCUGGUAAUAAUAGGAAUGGACAAUCAUGCAUUUCUUCAGUGUUGCAGUGACUUCCAUACAUUUGGAGACGACUUCCAUAAAAAUAUGUAGCGAGUCGUGACAAAAAAAAUAUGUAGCGUUACAUAUACUGUAUUUGAACCUUUUUUAUGGGGGUGCAAAAUAAACUCUUUGGAUUAAUAUAAGAGAUAUAAAACUUGAUUUCACACUAAAUAAAAAUAUAUUCUAGAAUAUUGAAAUGUUUUUAGUUGUUAAUUGGUUUAUAAAUACUCAAUUUUAGGCCUAAGUUUAUAUGGUGCUAUGUUCAUACAACAAGUCUCACAAAGAUCUACAAGUUUCUCUUUGUUUUCUCAAUUUUAUUGGAUGGUAGUUGCAAUUUUUUUCUAGAAUUAUGUUGUCCCUUUGUUUUCUCAUUUUGACGGUUUGGGAGUCGCUUGGUUAAGUAAACUAACUUAGUUAGCAGGUUAACCAAAAUACCAGGUUUUCAUAAACUUGUAUCACUAUUUAUGUCUAAAUAAAGUACAAAUCAUUGACCUUAUAUACUAUUGUGACUAUUUGCCAUUUGGUAUGAGUCAUAUGACAAACAUCUCAACACCCGGAAUUUAAUAACAUGAAACUUAACCUUGGAAAAAACACACUAAAACUGAAUGUGAUUUGUCCACAAGACAAUUAAGAAAAAAACUGAUUGACAAAUAAUCAAUAUAUUGUUGAGAUCUUGACAUCGCAAUAUUUUGUUGAUUAAACAAACCUUUCUUAUUUGUCAAUUCUUCGUUAAUUUAAUAAUUUGAUUGUAAAUACACGGAAUAUCGUCACCUACAUCAAUUUUUUUUCUUGUAAUAAAUAUAUGAAAUAAAUCAAUAAUCAUUAGAAAAUUAUUGGAGUCGCUUUCAGAGUUUGUCCAAUUUCACAGCAUAACAAAUUUAUAUUAUUUAUAAACAUACAAGUUUUACAUUGACUUGGUCACAAUAAGAGUUCUAAACUCUUUAUAACUCCUAACAAUAAUUGAUACAACAUGUCAGUGUAUAUCAUCAACUAUUUCAAGUCUCCAAUUAAGUUUUUGUGGGAUUUGAGUAUGAAGAGGAAGCUUUUGUUAACAGUCGGCACUUGCUUAGUACUUUGGUCGGUGAUGUUAGUAUCUUUUUCAAACGUCUUCAAACACCACCUUCUUGGCGCUAUAGUCAACGGUUCAAAUGAUUCCGACAAACCUAGGGAUAAACUGUUAGAAGGUCUCUUAACAGCAGAUUUCGAUGAACCUUUUUGCUUAAGUAGGUAUCAGUCUUCCUUGUAUCGCAAGUCAUCUGCUUACAAGCCUUCUCAAUAUCUUGUCUCUAAGCUUAGAAGCUAUGAGAAGCUUCACCAGCGUUGCGGUCCAGACACAGAAGCUUACAAGCAAGCAACAAAGAAUCUUGGUUAUGAUGAUGAGAAUUAUGCAAACAAGUCCGUUGGUGAAUGCAAAUACAUUGUGUGGGUCGCGGUUUACGGUCUUGGAAACAGAAUACUAACUCUUGCCUCAGUCUUCCUCUACGCGCUCUUGACAGAGAGAGUUGUCCUUGUUGAUCAAAGCAAAGACAUAAGUGAUCUCUUCUGCGAGCCGUUUCCAGGUACGUCAUGGUUACUCCCUAGUGACUUUCCAUUAAUGAAGCAGAUUGAUGGCUACGACAAAGGAUACUCUCGCUGUUACGGAACAAUGUUGAAGAAUCAAACCAUUAACUCGACUUCAAUCCCGCCUCAUCUCUAUCUUCACAUCCUACAUGAUUCAAGAGAUGAGGACAAGAUGUUCUUCUGCCAAAAGGAUCAAACCAUAAUCGAUAAAGUCCCUUGGUUGAUUGUCAAAGCCAAUGUCUACUUUGUUCCAUCUCUAUGGUUUAAUCCAACAUUCCAAACCGAACUAAUCAAGCUAUUCCCGCAGAAAGAAACCGUCUUCUACCACCUGGCUGGUUAUCUUUUUCACCCGACGAAUCAAGUUUGGGGUAUGGUCACAAGAUCCUACGAUGCUUACUUAUCAAGAGCAGACGAAACACUUGGGAUACAAGUAAGGGUUUUCAGCAGACGCGCUGGUUAUUUGCAGCACGUCAUGAACCAGAUUGUAGCAUGUACACAAAGGGAGAAACUGUUGCCUGGACUUGCUACACAUGAAUCACAAGUCACCAAUACAUCAAGAACAAGAAGCAAGAAACUUAAAGCUGUUCUUGUCACAUCUCUCUAUCCAGAGUACUCCAAUAACCUCAAGAAUAUGUAUUGGGAACGGCCAACUUCGACAGGAGACAUAAUAGAAGUGUAUCAGCCAAGUGGAGAAAGGUUUCAGCAAACAGACAAGAAGCUUCACGACCAAAAGGCGCUAGCUGAGAUGUAUCUUUUGAGUUUAACUGAUAACAUUGUCACAAGCGCAAGGUCUACGUUUGGAUAUGUUGCUCAUAGUCUUGGAGGGUUAAAGCCAUGGUUACUCUAUCAACCAACGAGAGGUAAAACUCCUGAUCCACCAUGUGUUCGUGCUGUAUCCAUGGAGCCUUGUUUCCUUACCCCUCCCACUCAUGGAUGUGGAGCUAAAAAGAGAGUUAACUCCGCCAAAGUCGUUCCUUUUGUUAGACAUUGUGAGGAUCUUAGGCAUGACGGGCUUAAACUAUUUGAUGAUCCUAAAAAUGAGUUAUAGAUGUUAUUCCACUGAAAACAGAGAAGCUUAAAUGAAAUUAUAUUGUACGUAAGGGCAACUGAAUUUUUGUAUAUAUAGUACAAUGCCUUAAAAAGUGCUCUGUCUGUUAAAAAACAGAUGUAGUUCUAGAUUUUUCACUUUAAUUAAGAAAAAUGUUAAAUGUUGAUUUCUGUUCUUAUUUAACUAUUAGAGCUAGAUUUUGAGCCGCGCUUGAAAGCGCAGUUUUAUUCUUUAAAAAUCUGUAUAAUAUUAUUUGAAAAAUCAGUUUUCUAUAUGUCGCACUCACGUUAAUUCUCAUCAUGGUUGAUUACACUGAUACUAUUAAUGAAUCUAAAAUAUUACAUUUUAUAAUAUGAUUUCAUUAAAAAGAAAAGUUCACAAAAUAGUAAUAUUCUAUUUAAAAAAAAUAUUUUUAAAUAACAUAAUACUUUUCAAGUAAUAAAAUACUUUCUUUAUAUCUAUAUUUUCAUAUAUGAAAAAUAUACAUUUGUAUAUAAUGUGAUUUCAUAAAAACAAAUCAACCAGAUAAUCUUGAUAUUUGAAAAAGAAAUCUUAUUUCUUCUAAAACAUAAUUUUAAGUAACAUAAACUGAUAUAUGUUUAAUUGACUAAAAAUAUUUUAUAAUUAAAAUUAUUGAUAUUUUUAUUUAUUUUUCAUAUAUUUAAGUUGACUAUAAUAUCUUUCAGUUAGAGCAAAAAAAUAUCUAUAAAUUAUAUUUUACUUAUAUAAUAUGAAUCUCAAAUACAAUCAUAAUUUUUUUGCUGCUUAUUUUUAAGAGAUAUUGAAAAAGAUUUUUUUUUAACAAUAAACAUCUUUUGAUCAAAUCAUUACAAUAUAAUUUAACGAGGUAGAUAUAUUAUAUUCUUUCAUUAUUAAAAUUAUAUGCUUUCUUAAUAUUAAUUUUUUUUUAAGUUUUAUGUUUUUAUAUUUGUGGAAAUUAAUAUAACCAGAAUCAAAAUACCAAAAGAAAAUCUAAAUUCUCGUUUUUAAUAUUAUUAAAAAUAAAUUUCAGUUUACAAUUCAAUAAAUUUAAGGCAUAAAUUAUUUAGAAUUUAUAAAAUAGUUUAAUUAUUCUAAAUAUUGAUAUGUUAUUAUGAGCUUGCAAAAAUAUAUCAGUCACUUAUAAAUGUAACUUUCUAUCGAUCAUCGCUUUAUUUUCUAAUAUUUUUAUUUAAAAAAAUCAACAUGUUGAUAAAUAUUAUGAAAUUUCAUGCACACUUAAAUGAUAAAUAAUAUUAAUUUUAUUUGAUUUAAUUAUAAUAAAAAUAAUUAUACUUCAGUUUAAGUUUGAAAGAAUAUAUGAAAUUCAAUAUACUCACGACAUGAGUAGCUCGACUAAUCCAACUUAUAUCUAAAUAAUAGAUUUAACUACAAUAAGAAUAUAAAUUUAAGAUAAUAAGAAUUUAUUUUAUAAAAUAUAAAUUAUAGAAUGACUCAAAACAUAUUAACAAAUUCAAUAAAAUAUUAACCAACUGUUACAAAUUAGUAAUUUUGUAAAAAAAUUAUAUAUGCAUGAGACUUCAUAGAUUAUCGUUAUAUCAAUUUAUGUAAUUUGGAAUCAGACACUUUAGUUUAUUUUUUAUUUCACUCUAAGCACAAUAUAUCUUAAGUUAUACAUAAUUUUUCUAAAAUAUAUUUACAUAUCUAAGACAUCAACCAACCUAAAUGCAAAUAAGAAAAUUAAUCAUUUUUUUAUAUUUAGAAUAAAAAAAAUUAUAGUUGAUUUCAGAGAAAUAGAUGUAAUCCAAUAUACUCAAAU